AUGGACGACGGGGACAAAGGGUGGAAUCACUUGGUGAAGGUAUUACGCUUGACAGAAGACCAACAAAGAGCUCUGGAAAGCAGGGGAGUAGAUGAUAUCAACCUGUUCCACGGUUCGGCGGGGCUUGGGCAGGUUGAUUUCUUUGCUUUCGAUAACGAAACGAACAUCUUUCCACAAGCGCGAAGAGUUCUAAUGUCAGAUGCUUGGAAAUGGAUUGACAACAAUAUGAAUAGCAUUCAUGAUGACGACGAUGAUUGGAGUUGGUUUGUUGGAAACUUCAGGAAGACAUCAUUUCAGCGGCACGUUUCGAGAGAAAAACGGGCUGCUGAAGCAAAGCUUCGAGACGAAGAAGACAAACGCUACAAAACUGCAGAACCAAACCAAGCGAAUGCUUCGUCCUUUGCGGCCUGUGGGACGCGCACGAUGGCAGGAGUUGCGACCAUGCCUCCCAUUUUCCGCGAGCACCUGGUUCCAAAGCAUGUCAAAGAGCACUUCACUAGCAUAUUCGAGUUCGAUCCCAGCGACGAGGACAAGCGCAAAAUUGAUAUUCUAGUCAAUGGCCUCCUUGCUACCGGAACAUCUUACAAUUUGAAAUCGGUGCCGGAAACCAGCAAAGAUCCGACAUCAAGAACAGUUCAGACCCACCACCUGGACUUUAUUGCGACGCAGUUUGAAGGGCAAGUGACCACCGAACGAAUCUUCAAGGAUGGAGGAGACAAGAAUACUAGACGGUCGCUUGCCGACCUUGGCCUCACUGGUGGUAUUUCCAACACCGGCAGCUUCCCAGGGGCAUAUUUUCACUCUGGGCCACUGGAACAACUUCAGGAGUCGCAAUGCAAUUUCGUCAUUACGUCAUUGUUCGAGUGCAAGGACACAGAUAUUGCAUUGGGUUCCCACAUGAUGCUUCUGACAGACGUGUUUUGA